UGCUUUUCAUUUCUCCUCUCUCUCUCUCUUCUCCUCUCUUGCUUUUCAUUUCUCCUCUCUCUCUAUCUAUCCAUCUACAGUAAAUUGCCCAGCUGGGCUCGAGCAGUGGUGCCCAACAUCUUCUACGUAACAGAGAAGGCCUGGAACUACUACCCCUACACCAUCACAGAGUACACAUGUUCUUUCUUGCCCAAGUUCUCCAUUCACAUAGAGACGAAAUACGAGGACAACAAAGGCAGCAAUGACAACAUCUUCUCAGACAGUGAAAAUAAAGACCAGGAAAGGGAAGUGUGUUUUGUGGAUAUCGCCUAUGACGAGAUCCCUGAGAGAUACUAUAAAGAGUCUGAGGACCUGCGGUACUUCAAGUCAGAGAAGACGUCGAGGGGCAUGCUGCAGGAGGGCUGGAGGGACACCCAGGAGCCCAUCAUGUGCUCCUACAAGCUGGUCACCGUCAAGUUUGAGGUGUGGGGCCUGCAGACGCGCGUGGAGCAGUUUGUACACAAGGUGGUGCGUGAUGUGCUGCUCCUAGGCCACAGGCAGGCUUUUGCCUGGGUGGAUGAGUGGAUCGACAUGACGAUGGAUGAGGUGAGAGAGUAUGAGCGCACCAUCCAGGAAGCCACCAAUGAGAAGAUCGGGAUUUUCCCCCCGUCGAUCUCCAUCAGCGAGAUGCCCCUGUCCUCCUGCACCCUCUCCGGCCCCGCCAGCGCCCCCACCACCCCCCUCUGCACUGACGCGCCUGAGUUCCUCUCCGUCCCCAAGGACAGAGCCCGCAAGAAGUCCGCCCCUGAGACCCUCACCCUGCCCGACACCGCUGCCCAGAACCAGAGUGGAGUCCCCCAAGGCUCUAUGCUGGUGCCGCUUCCAAAUCACUCCCCCUGGCCCUCCUCUGACUCUGACCAGGCUGAGUUAGGGGGGGAAUAGGAGGAACGGGAUGUUCUUUCCCCCAUAUGCCCUGCCACCUCAUUGUCUUAGUAGCCCAGCAAGACUAGCCUCUACACCCCAGUGCCCAGUCCUCCAGGCCCAACUAACCAUAUUGCAGAGGUCAGUGCUUCUUACACAUAUCUCCAGAGGUCAAAGGUCUAACCACUAGUUUCCAAUCUCCUACAUCCUCAACAGAAGUCUGUUUUGUCAGCCUUCAAAUGGAUGGCUUCCUGAGAUCUAGCCAAUCAGCUGUCUGAUCUACUGUAACAACCACCCAAGCUGUCCAUCAAGAGAACAUAUCCACAAGGGGUUUUGUGUGCUGUCCUCAAUUAGCGAUCCUUGCAUUCAACAUAAAAUAUGUUAUUGACAAAAUGCCAGAUGGAUUUAUUUUUAAUUUUUUAAUCCGGUCAGCUGAUAAACCUUAUGUAAAUAUAGCUGCCAUAACAACAUGAAAAUAGAGAGACAAUGAUAUUAAUAUUGUAAUAUUGUUUUGUUCACUUGAGUGAAUGAACAUCUUUUCAAAGAAUUCUCAAAUAUCAAAUUAUAAUUUUGACCUUGAAAUAAAUCAACUUUUAAAUUAACAAAAUGGAAGUAGAAGUACUGUAGUAUACUUAGUUUUAUUACUACAAUGAUUCACUAAAAAGAUACCACCUUUAACCUGGACGGAGGAGAGACCAUUCAAAACUGAACCCAGAUCUGUGUGUGUUCAUGUCUCUCCACUCCACACUCCAAUUGAAACAGGUGGAAGGUCAGUACAACCACAGAAAGAGAUCCCGUCUCAGGUCUCCAGAGUUCUGCUUCGGCCCUCUUUAGGAAGGGCAGGGAACAUAACCAUUCUCUCCCUGCUUUAAAACACAAUUUUUAUACCUGCAUCUAUACUCACCUGUCUACUUAACUAGCCUUUGGAACGUUUACACAACAUUAGAUAAGCCAUGAUAAAAUACAUAUUGGGCAUAAAGUUUGACAUUGGAGAGUGAUGCAUUCAGUUUAAUCAAAUUGGUAUAGCAACAGAACAGAUAUGACUAGGAAAAAUGCUGUAAAUGUACAGUUGAUGUCGGAAGUUUACAUACACCUUAGCUAAAUACAUUUGAACUCAGUUUUACACAAUUCCUGACAUUUGAAUCCUAGUAAAAAAUCCCUGUUAGUAUUUGGUAGUAUUACCGUUAAAUGGUUUAACUUGGGUCAAACGUUUCAGGUAGCCUUCCACAACCUUCCCACAAUAAGUUGGGUGAAUUUUGGCCCAUUCCUCCUGACAGAGCUGGUGUAACUGAGUCUGGUAGGCCUCCUUGCUCGCACACGCUUUUUCAGUUCUGCCCAAAAAUGUUCUAUAGGAUUGAGGUCAGGGCUUUGUGAUAGCCACUCCAAUACCUUGACUUUGUUUUCUUUAAGCCAUUUUGCCACAACUUUGGAAGGAUGCUUGGGGUCAUUGUCCAUUUGGAAGACCCAUUUGCAACCAAGCUUUUAACUUCCUGACUGAUGUCUUGAGAUGUUGCUUCAAUAUAUCCACAUAAUUUUCCUCCCUCAUGAUGCCAUCUGUUUUGAAGUGCACCAGUCCCUCCUGCAGCGGCCUUUCAGGUUAUGUUGAUAUUGGACUUGUUUUACUGUGCAUAUAGAUACAUUUGUACCUGCUUCCUCCAGCAUCUUCACAGGGUCCUUUGCUGUUCUUCUGGGAUUGAUUUGCACUUUUCACACCAAAGUACGUUCAUCUCAAGGAGACAGAACGCAUCUCCUUCCUGAGCGGUAUGAUAGCUGCGUGGUCCCAUGGUGUUUAUACUUGUACAGAUGAACGUGGUACCUUCAGGCGGUUGGAAAUGGCUCCCAAGGAUGAACCAGACUUGUGGAGGUCUACAAAUUUCUUUCUGAGGUCUUGGCUAAUUUCUUUUGAUUUUCCCAUGAUGUCAAGCAAAGAGGCGCUGAGUUUAAUGGUAGGCCUUGAAAUACAUCCACAGGUACACCUCCAGUUGACUCAAAUGAUGUCAAUUAGCCUAUCAGAAGCUUCUAAAGCCAUGACAUCAUUUUCUGGAGUUUUCCAAGCUGUUUAAAGGCUCAGUCAACUUUGUGUAUGUAAACUUCUGACCCACUGGAAUUGUGAUACUGAAUUAAGUAAAAUAAUCUAUCUGUAAUCAAUUGUAGGAAAAAUUACUUGUGUCAUGCACAAAGUAGAUGUCCUAACCGACUUGCCAUAACUAUAGUUUGUUAACAAGAAAUUUGUGGAGUGGUUGAAAAAUGAGUUUUAAUGACUCCAACCUAAGUGUAUGUAAACUUCUGACUUCAACUAUAAGUGAACAUUGAGCACAGUGGAAAUUCCAUGCUUGCGCAGGGCACUUGCUUCAACCUGGCCUUAUUGUAUGUGCUUGAUUAUCUUUGCAUUGUGUUUUUAGAAAUGCCGAUAAUGUUGCUUGCCAAUGUUGGUACUGUACCCGUUUUGGUGGGCUCAAAGUUAUUUUGAAGCAACAACGUUAGCGGCGGCCAUCUUGUUUUCCCCUGCUCUAGCCUCAUCAGGAACUUUUGGGGGGGAGGAAGAAACAUUGAGGACAGAAGGUUUGUCUUUGUGUAAUGCCCUAGCUACUAUUUUAUACAAUCACAUAGAUGCAUAAAGGGGUCUCCAUAUGCCGCAUGAAACAUUCAAACAUGUAUACAUAUGUAAAGUAUUUGUGUACAUAAAUGGCAGGAUAUAUUGUUGAUGCGAAAUGGUGGAGAAAGCACAUGUGACGUUGUCCUAGGCUCUGUAGUGUAACCGUUGUAUAGUAAAGCAGAGUUUUAGCGGAGACUGAAACGGAGCAUGUUCUGAGAAUACAACUCUCUUCUCAGUGCCUCUGCAUGCAAAAGUCUAUAUUGUCUCGUCUGUAUACAACAUCCAAAACAUUUAAAAUAAAGGGAAGAAACGUCCCAUUUUAUUGUAAUGUUAAAGGGCAAUUCCACCACUUUUCAACCUCAUGUUCGUUAUCUCCAGCACAAUACCAGUGUCUACACGUGUGAAAAUGGUGCAUUUCUACGUUUCGUAGAAAAAAUAUGAAGUGACAAAGUUCUACCCGAUGACGUCAACCAUUUUGAAAACUAUGAUUUUCAAACACUGACAUUCGCGGUGACGUGGAGCAAGAAAAUAGCCUCCCUCUGGCUAGAAACUCGUAGGUUUUGAAAAUAGCCUCCUCUGGCUAGAAACUCGUAGGUUUUGAAAGUAGCCUCCCUCUGGCUAGAAACUCGUAGGUUUUGAAAAUAGCCUCCCUCUGGCUAGAAACUCGUAGGUUUUGAAAAUAGCCUCCCUCUGGCUAGAAACUUUUAAUCCUACCCUGUGAUGUCACCGAGAAGCAUUUCUUUAGGACACUUCUUCCUGUCUUUGCAACCACAGAUCACAGAAACAUGCCGUUUUCACAUAUCUAGACACCGGUAUGGUGCCGGAGAUCAUGAAUAUGAGUUUGAAAAAUGGUGGAUUUGCCCUUUUUAAGCCUAAUUUUCAAUUUAUUGCAAUGUCAAAACAUUGAUUUGAAAUACAGCUUCAUGUUAGUUAUUUUCAUCAAAAUGUACAAGAUAUUGAGAGAAAUAGCUGACGUUUGUCGUACCUGUUGACCAUUGUUUUGUCCUAAAAGACAUUACAUUACAUAUGUGGGCAUUUGCAUUUUGUGAUGAGAAAACGAAAUGAGCUGUUAACAAAUGUACUGACUGUUAUAUCUCUGUUUUUAGGGUUUUGUUGGACCAAAGUUAUACAAGCCUACUUGUUUGUCAGAUAUAGACCACUCUACAGUGUCUAAGCCCAAAAUGUCUCCUCUUUACACAAGACGCUCACUAUCAUUCUAAACUGUACUUGUCUUUGCCGUUAAAUUUCCUGUAGGAUACAUGUGUUAAAUGAUAUUGACUAUCAGGAAUAAAAAAUAGAUACAGGGAUAUGUUUGAGUGCCAGUAAGCUAAUGCCUAUAUCAAAACAAAUGCAAAAUGACAAGUAUAUUAUUUUUCAGAGUGAAGGACUAGGUUUUGUAAAUAGUGAACUCUUUCAUUUUCAGUUGCGUGCUCCACAUAAAUUCACGGAGACCUUUUGAGUGAGUUUAUGUCGAGCACGAAACGUAUGUGGAGCAUGGAACCGAAAAUGAAAGAGUUCACUAUUUCUAAAACCUAGUCCUUCACUCGGGAAAAAUAACCAACUCUUGAUAUUAUACUUGUCGUUUUGCAUUCGUUUUGAGAGUACAAAAGUUUGGUUUGAAUCUGUAACAUUUUACGGUGCAAUGUCCCAUUGUUAGUAUUCUUUAUCGAGCUGUUGAAAAAUCCACAGGAGAAAAGACCAUUGUAACUACAUGGUGUACAUUACAACCCUAUGAGCAAAAUACUUUUUUUUUAAAUGUCCUUUUUGGUUGAAAGUUCUUUGAAAAAAUACGUAUUUUUCAACAUAUUGUGCUCACUGUGAAAAGAUUUACUUUGAAUUUGCGACCUCCCCAUUGUAGUGUGCCUCAAACGUUCCGGUUGCUUUUGGUGAUCCUACAGCUCUUUGACAUAAUGAAACAUUAUCUAUGAAAACAAUAUUUCAAUCAAUAUUUUUUGCUUUUUAUCGGGGUGACUGUGUUAUACUUUUUGAAUUUAUACAUUGCAUCUUGACUCGGAGGUUGGUUUUCUGUUAUAAUUCUCACAACUGCUGUAGUUUUGAUUUGGUGGUUUGCUGUAUUUCAAAUGGCAUCUGUUCAUUCUAAGAAAAGGACCAAGCUUUUCGUUGUGUCCCUCCUGAUGCGGCUUGCCAGGAUGUCGCGCUGUCUCCCUAGCUCUGGUCCGGGUUGUCACUGCUGCUUCCUGACACUGAGCCUCCUGAGCAGGACGAGCGUUAGCAAUCCACACUAACACCCUGGACCAGAGCUUACUCUCUCCCUAUCUGAAGUGCCAUCCUUGUUCGGCUACUGGAAGUCGCUCUGGGUUCUUCCACUGAUUUAUAUGUUAUAUUUUUACUGCCCUCCUUGAAGUAUAUUUGGUUCUCCGUUGUAAUUAUUGUUUCACUUUUUUUUUCUUAAUUCUUGUAUUAAAUAAAGUUUACUUGCUACUACACUU